CGUCUAUCGCAGCGACAACCGCUGGCAUGCGUUGCAUGUACGAAAAGCAAAGUGCGUUGCGAUAAGCACAUUCCUUGCGCGCGUUGCUUCCGAAGAAAUACUCCAUGCGAGCGGGAGACGGUAGAGCUCUCUAGAAGGAGGCGACGGAAGUCGGCUUUUGGUUCCAGAGCGACAGAUGAAGAAUGGUCUCUCCUAGGGAAAUGUUCCAUCCCGGCCGAGGUACCGGAUGGAAUGCCAUUCUUGCCCGAACUACGAGCCAACAGCGUGACAUCUAGUUUACGAGAGAAUCCUAAUCCAAGCCAUCGUGCUCCAAGUCUAUCAGCUGCCAAAGUGCCACAGGAUGUAGCCUCCGCUCAGGUCAAGUUCGAGGAUCUUGCUACCUGUAUCGAAGGACUGGCUUGGGGACGUCAUCAGUGCCACAAGUAUCCACAUAGGAAUUGCUUGCGCUUUGGAACUCAGCAUGAUACUUCAAUGCGAGGUCCUCUAGCGGAGGAUCUGCUUGAGAAGCUGCCGGAUGUGGCGACAGCAAGACGGAUGAUCGAAUUCCACGUCCGCCUUCUCAGUUGGUACCAUAACGUUCUACACAUUCCAACUUUUCUUGCUCAGUGCGAGACAUUUUGGCGGUCUGCUUACAUUGAGGACGGCCAGUGGCUGGCUAUGUACUGUGCGGUCCUAAGCGCGUCUGCCUGGAGUAUUCACAACUCCCCGGGUUGUCAGGACUGCUUCGAUGUGCUCCACACGUGCCCUUCUCCUACCGAGCUUUUCAGUGUGGUCGGUAACAUUCUCAACGUCGAAGACUUCAUGAGCAGACAUACAAUCUUUUCUUUGCAAGCGAUCUGUAUCUCGGGAAUGGUGGCAAAUGUCUUAGGCAAAAGCGAUCUACUGAUUACAUGGUUGAACGCUAGCAUCCGGAUCGCACAGUGCCUUGGGUUGCAUCGAAUCGGAGACGAGACCUCUGGGGAUACAUGGAGCGAAGCUGUGGAAAAGGAAAUUGGCCGUAGGGUGUGGUUGAAGUUGGUCGAACUGGACUACCACUCGAUCCCUUACACCGGAACAUAUUCAAUCAGCCUCAAGCACUGUUCCACCAAGCCGCCUGGGAACUGCAACGACGACUUCCAACCACAAAACGAAGCUAUUCUCACGGCAAGCACAUAUACUUUGACACAGGCUAAGAUGGCUGUCUUGAUUCCUGCACUGCUCGACGGACCGAGCGCAGGCGACGAUGUUGCUUCACGCUACGAACAUGUCAUCGCCAUCGAUCGCCAAAUGCGACAGCUUGUCGCAGGGAUUCCUACGCCACUCUUGAGACAGUCAAGUAGUGUUGCUUCGAAUCCUGAGUGGCUUACUCUCGCCCGCCGAACAUUAGCGAUCGCUGCUGCGGAUAAGAUUAUCAUGAUUCACCGAGCAUUUUUACUGAAGAGCUUUCAAUCUCCUGCAUACCUCUUCACGAGGCAAACGUGUGUAUCUGCCGCUAGGACGAUAUUACGGGAGCAUGAUGAGAUCUCCAAGGCUGGCCCGGAGUGUCCGCCGAUCUGGAUUCAUUCAGCAUUCUGCGUUGCAGCUAUCGUUGUAAUCUGCUUGGAACUUUUAUACUGCCACAGUACGAUGUCAACAGAGCGGAAAGACAAUUAUGUGCAACUCAUCCGAGGUGCGAGGCAGCGCUUGAAUCUCUCCAACAACGAUACAAUGGCGCACAAAGGCGUGCACCUUGUUGAUGCGAUGUUAAAUGAGGAA